AGGUUAUUCUUUGAAUCCGAAUUCUGACAUCUAAUAUCUAUACUAUCACUAAAGUGAGAAUAUUUACUUAUUUAUUCGUUUAAACAUAUAAAACAUUUAAAUAAAUAUUUGGGAAUAUACGAAACCUAUCGCUAGCUUUGUCUAAGUUUUGAUUUCAAUUUACGUAGAUAAGGAUGUCCUUUCCUGAUAAAGAGCAAAGAAAAAAGUGCUGGGACGCCAGAGAUAAAUACUGGGAGUGCUUAGACUCUCAGAAUAUCAAGGACAGUUCACAGAAACCAUUAGCUUGUACGAACUUUAGGAAAAUAUUUGAAAAGUCCUGCCCUACCCAAUGGGUUACGCAUUUUGAUAGAAAACGAGAUUUCAAUGUAUUUAAAGAAAAAAUGCAAAAAGAGGGUUAUGAACCCAUAAAAGAUUCACAAUGAAUAUGUUUAAAAAAUAUGUUUUUGUUGUAUAUUUUUAGUUUAAGUAGUAAAUUAUUAUAGAU